AUGCUUGAUUCAAUUGACUGUGAAUAUAAAGGAAAGGAAGGCUACUGUGAAGUUUUGAAGAACACCAAGCCUAUCCUUAGAGGGGUCAAGAUAAAUGGUGUCUAUAUUGUUCAAGGAGUUCAGAAAAUGCAUUCAACUUUGGUUGUAAUUCAGAAGCAGCCUACUGAAGGAAAUCUUUGGCACAAAAGACUUCCACACAUUAAUGCCAAAGGUCUACAAGCUCUUGCUAAUCGGGGAAUUCUACCUAAGGGAAUUCAUCAAAGCCUAUCCUUCUGUGAACACUGUGUGACAGGCAAGGCUACGAGGCAGAGUUUUGUAAAGGCUCAACAUACAACCAAGGCCAUCCUUAAUUAUGUGCAUUCAGACCUAUAG